CCAGGAUCAUCUCACCUCCUACUGCCUUCAUAGACUUACAGACUUGGACGUUUUGAGGGGAACAAGAGGCUGGAAAUGAACCCUUUCACCGACAAAUAAUUCAACAUCCUGCAUAGAAACUUGAUUUCAUUGUAUCAAGUAGACAUACAAUCCUUGAGCCAGGCCCAGCUGUUUGCACACAUUCUCUGCAGACUGCAAGUGUAUUUGACGUGUUUGGGGUAAGUUUCCACCAAUUACCCCACAGACUCUGACGGAAAAUACUCUUGUGUCUGCCUUACCGGGCCAAUAAAUUGCGAUUCACAUCGCAUGUAAUAGGCUGCAGUCAACGACUCAUUUUUUCCUACGACUUCAGUCACCGAACGAGAGUCGCAGCCCUCCACAGACUGCUUCUUCGCUGGGGUUUCUUUGCAAGUCUGGAGAUGCUGCAGGGGGCUGUGCUUUGCUUGUCCUGCUCCCUCCUGUUGGGGGUCUGUUUCCCAGCAGAGGGUGCAGGGGCAGCUGGGCCUCUUCCAACUUUCUCCCCUGAAGAGUCCUCUGGCCAACCAGAUCUUGAUGAUUUGGAGUGGGGCUCUGGAUCAUCUCUUCUGCACCUACUCCACAGCUUCCCUGCUGAUAGCCCCUUCAUAACAGAGACCCCAGGAAAACCAGUGAACUGCACCCAGCGCUUCUUAUUACCACCAUCCUCUGCAAUCUGCUGGGAGAACAUCGUCGGGCCAAAGGAGUUUGCCAAGUCACGUCUGCUUGUUCUGCAGAACAGGGCCGCCCUGCAGGCUGUGGCCACCACCAGCGGGUUGGAGGAGGGAGGGAUCUCCUACGAACACCAAGCCAGAGAGGAGGUCCAGGGGAUCAACUCGGACCACCUGAGUGCUGUAGAAACCAUGCAGACCAUGGAUAAGGUGUUUGUCUCUCUGCAGGAGACCAGGAAGGAGGGGAAGGAGCAGGGGGUCCUCACAAGCAUGAAGGAGCAUCUUGCCAACACAAGGGACGCUAUACAUGGGAGAGAGCACACAGCAAACAUCCUGGAGAAUCACUUUUCUACUUUAGAGAACACUCUGCUUAACAUGCAGUUUCGACUGAACAAGCUCAUCCAACACUGACAAGGAUUGGUUGCCUCUAUUUAUGUGUUCAUGUAUUGUUUAACAAUGUAGAAAAUGCAUGCAUCCCCAGGAUCAUUUUAGACUGUAUGUGGACCAAAUAUGCACCUUAUGUCAUUAAUACACUUAAAGGUAAAAUCGGUAUAAAGGAGACUAAACCUCACACCAUCAGAUAUGAGGAACAUGUAGCUGUUAAAUAGUUUGUUGUAUUCCAGUUUCCACGAGGAGAUUUCAUGGUCUUGCUAGCGUCUAGUAAAACGGUUAGUCUCUUGAGCACCUUGUUACAGACCUGUUUAAAUCCUCAUUCAACAUUAAUAAAAGCAUUUUCAUACCCUACAAGUUUGUGGUGUAAAUAGUAAUACAUGCAAUGCGACAUCAAUUAUCAGAUGGCCUGAAUCUUUAUUUUAAUCUCAAAUCUAAACAAUUCCUUAGCAAAUAAAUGAGGAGAAUGUGUUAUAUACACUUUAAAUAUUCACAUAUAUAGUGUGAAGAAAAGAAAAGCGGCAUGUGUAUUUUUUACUUUCAAGUAUUUAUGAUAAACUACCCGUUACUAAUACAUGGACAAUAUAUUUAAAAAAAAAAAA